AUGGUCAAGUUCACUCUUCUUCCUCUCGUUGCCCUUGCCACUCUGGCAGCCGCAAACAACUGCAAGACCAGCCUCAACUACUGCGGAUACAACCUUCUUGGCAUCGGAAACUACGCCGCCCAGAUCAAUGAAGCUUUGAAAGCCGCCGGCCAACCAACCGAUGACGCCCAUAUUCGCGAAUCCCUUUUCCACUGCAAUGGAGGAAACAACGGUGAUAUCUCGUGGACCACUUACUGCAGUGGUAGCUGCCAGGAUGGGGGCUCCGGAAAGAGCGAUUACUGCUAG